GGGGCGGUCCCGGCUUUGAUUGGACAGACAGGGAGUUACGCAGUGACGUAGGGGGCCGACAGGCAGAGGGCAGGGGCAAGAUGGCGGCUGCCGCAGGGGCACUGAGGAGGCUGGUGCGAUGCGGGCCCCAGCAGGGCCUGGGGCGGCUGCUGCAGCUGCGCCGCGGGAUUCACGGGACCGCGCCGGCCGCCGCCCAGGUGACUGUCCGCGAUGCGUUAAAUCAGGCCUUAGAUGAGGAGCUGGAGAGGGACGAGAGAGUGUUUUUGUUGGGAGAGGAAGUUGCCCAGUAUGAUGGUGCGUACAAGAUUAGCCGAGGUCUCUGGAAGAAAUAUGGAGACAAGAGAAUAAUAGAUACUCCUAUAUCAGAGAUGGGCUUUACAGGAAUUGCUGUAGGUGCUGCUAUGGCUGGGUUGAGGCCGAUUUGUGAAUUCAUGACCUUCAACUUCUCCAUGCAAGCAAUUGAUCAAGUUAUAAAUUCUGCUGCCAAGACACUUUACAUGUCUGCAGGCAUAGUGCCUGUCCCAGUUGUCUUCAGAGGUCCCAAUGGUGCCUCAGCUGGAGUAGGAGCACAACAUUCACAGUGCUUUGCUGCUUGGUAUGGGCAUUGUCCUGGACUGAAAGUAGUCAGCCCUUGGAGUUCAGAGGAUGCUAAAGGUCUACUUAAAGCAUCAGUCCGGGAUGACAAUCCAGUUGUGAUGCUGGAAAAUGAAUUGAUGUACGGAGUCCCUUUUGAAAUGUCAGAAGAAGCUCAGUCAAAGGACUUUCUUGUUCCUAUUGGAAAAGCCAAAAUAGAAAGGCAAGGAACCCAUGUUACUUUAGUGUCACACUCCAGAUCUGUUGGACACUGUCUGGAAGCAGCUGCUGUACUUGUCAAAGAAGGUGUGGAGUGUGAGGUGGUAAACCUCCGUACCAUUAGACCAAUGGAUGUGGAAAGUAUAGAAGCCAGUGUUGUGAAGACAAAUCAUCUUAUAACAGUGGAAGGAGGCUGGCCGCAGUUUGGAGUAGGAGCUGAAAUUUGUGCUAGGAUCAUGGAAGGACCUGCCUUUAACUAUUUGGAUGCUCCAGCUGUGCGUCUCACAGGUGCAGAUGUUCCUAUGCCUUAUGCAAAGAUUUUGGAAGACAACUGCUUACCUCAAGUGAAAGAUAUCAUAUUUGCAGUGAAGAAAAUAUUAAAUAUCUAGGUUGUAUAUACAUGGUGCUCUUCCAAAGUGUGUGUCUUAAGAGCAUUAAUGGAAUGGACUACACACUCUUACUCAAUGUUGUAUAGCUCUAUUGAGCUCUUUGUACUGAGGGAAAAGUUCAGGUGACCUUUUAAAUGUAUUUAUGUAGUUAAUCUGUGUUUAGUGGGUCACCCUCUCAGCUACUUUCUUCUACCUAGCUAAGCAGUAAAGCACACUUACAUGUAUGGGUGCCAGACUCAGUCUGUAAAGUGUGAAUCUGUAUUAAAAGCCUUAGGUAUUACAGCAGGUGAAAGGAAAACAGUAUCUAAAUAAGCCUCCCUCUGUGCCAUUUACAAAUGGUAAAAGAAAUAAAGGGUCACCUGUGCUCUGAGUUGCUUCUCCCCAAGUUCCACAGAAGAGAGAUGCUGGCUGCAGUACAUUGGUUGCCCUAGUUUGGUGGAGGAAAGAAGAAUGUGUGUAGGUGGGUUUUUAGAAAAAACAAAUCCCAUGCUCUUGGCAGCUGUAACUAAUGAGCUGCAGGACUCAAGGUGCAGUUUCUUUAAAAAUGCUAAUUUAUUAUGAUCGUGGAGCUGCCAGCUAUGUGCAAGAUCAGUCUCAAGAAAAUCCUUGUGCUGUACAGGUGCUUUCAUACUUUAUGGUGUCCAGUACUAGAGCUUUCCCUUGGUCAGAUAAGAAACUGAUUGUGGAGAGGAAAUAAGUCAGUAUGGACUAUUUUUGUUUAAUCCAAGAUAAGGUGCUCAACAUAAGUUUAGAGGAAGAUCAGUAUUUAGAGUCUUAACCCUUUUUAGCAGUUUAAAUACUUUGACUGUACUAUCAACAGCAGCACCUGUUCAAAAAAAGUUUUUAAUAAUUAUUCCUCAUUCAUCCACUCAGUUUCACCACAGGGGUAAUCCAUGAUCAAGUCCUGGUAAAAUAAAACAUCUUUUAAAAAAAGAAUAUAUAUAUUCGAGAGAAAAGGAGGACUUGUAGCAUCUUAGAGACUAACCAAUUUAUUUGAGCAUAAGCUUUUGUGAGCUACAGCUCCUAUUAAGAAGUUAGAGAGCUUGAUUGCUAAGUGGUCUUAAUGUCAGAAAUAAUGGAACCCUUGUUUGGAUGUUGUAAAACCACUCCUAACCCCAAUAAGGAAAUGAGAGUAGAUAGCGAAGGUGCUGUUUUUAAAAAAGGAGGCAAUAGUGAAGUCAUUCUAGAGAAACUAGACAAGUGCUGUUACUUUAAAAGUGCUUCCCUCUAGAACAGUAAGUAAACCUCCGAACAAUGGUUUCAGGAGAAGCUAGUGAUAGUCACAACAGCCUGUCAGCAUUGUUGCCAUGUAUCAGUCACUGUCAGAUGCAGUACCAAACUGUAUCUUCAUGGAGGGAACUGAAUUAGCCUCACUCACCUACCCAAGGAGCUGAAUUCCUUCCCUUCGCAUGGACAGUCAGGAAGCUGAUGUAGCACUAGCCUGUCAUUUCAGUACUUAUCACUUAAAUGCAGGGUGUAGAAGCUUCUGCUGCAUUAGAUUCUCUGUUUUACAGCCCAACUUAUUUUAAAGCAGUAACCCUCAUUCUCUGACUGGAGGAAUUCCAGUGACAUUUAUUUUAAUAAAAAUAUGACUGAUAUAUAUCACAGGUUACAUGAAACUUUAUACACAAUGACAUUCUCUGCAUAGUAAACACUGAUGUGUACUUGAAUUUAAAAUGGAUUAUCUAUAAUCCUUUAAAGUGCAAUUUGUUUAAGGUUUUAAGCAAAUCAUAGAAUAAAAGGAUCUUUUCAGUCAGCAUUUUAAAACAAAGUGUUCUGCAACUUCCCCAAGAACAAGAUUAAUUUCAUGUGGAUGCAAAAUUUGCCUGUGUUGAAAACUCCCCAAUCCAGAACUUGUGUUGAAUAAUCAGUGCUAAUUAACUCCCAUUUUAUUGCCUGAAUUAACAGGCUGUUUGUUUCCCCAGCACAUGUGGUAACUAGAAACAGCUACAUGUUUAGGGUGGUCAUUCCAACAGUACAUUAGUUACAUAUAAGCAUGAGAAGCAUUCAUGCUACACUGUUGAAUAUGCCAUAGAGACAGAGUUAAAUCUACAGUUCCCUCACCAGUGUACUACACUUUGGAUUAAGUGCUUUUUUUUAAAAAAAAUUAUCUAAAGUAAAGGGCUGGUUUUUGAUGCAGCAAAAAUGUAAUGUGCCAACUACAAGGAAUUGUAGGAAAAUAGGGCAGACUAACAUUAGAUUUUCAGGUGUGUUUGAAACAAGGGGUAGGGUGGAAUCAGAUGUACUGAGUCAGUAUCCUCAUGUUUGUUCCUAUUUUCAGAUGGCAAAAAUAUUGCUUUACCUCCCUCCCUCCCCAAAAAUCACUUAACUAAACUAAAGUUCAUUUUAACUGGAAUAACUGAAGUCAAGAGUUAUCACCACAAUAUGGCAAUGCAGUUCAAACAAUGUAGUGCUGCUACUCAAGGACAAGGAGAAAUUUCUCUAGAAAAAGCUGAAAUGGCUGUGAACAAACAGCUGCAAAAUAAUAGACCACCAUGAAGUGGCUGAUCAUGCCUCAGCUUAGGACAUUAGUUCAUGGGAAAAAUAUCCGAUCCUGCUGUCAAGAGUUAACUUCAGCUGAUCCUGGGAACACUGUAGUCACACGUGUCUGCUUUCUUCAAAGCUCCUUUCUGAAAGUUUUGAAUGGAGCUAAGUAAGGCUUCUCGGCUGGCACUGGUAGCAGGCGAAGGGUCAGGAUGCACUGCUCCAUCCAUUGGAGGAGGAAGUGGAGGAGCUGCUGGUGGUGGUGGUGGCGGCGGCGGGGGCAUAGUUGACACUCCUGUUAAAAUGAGACAGUAAUUACACAAGAAACCACCACCACAAGAUUAGCUGACCAAAAAUGAGACUAAGCUGAUCUAAUAAUUGCAGCUGCCUUGCUAGAAUAAUAAAUCAACUAGAGAAGUCAUUCACCCAAGUAAAUAUGUAAGUUCUUGAGUAUUGCAAAUAGGUAUCAGAUUGUGGAGAAGGAGGACAUAGAAAUUAGAUGCGAGAAAGACCUAGGAGAUCACAUCCAUCCUCCUCUAAGUGCAGGCUAUACAGUCCCUUGCUAAGAGAUCAUCCAAGUCACCUUUGAAGGGAAGCCCUGGAUGCCCCGUUACUUGGAGACUCAAGGGGCCAUACAACUACAAAUUAUAAGAAUCUUGCGCUGGCUGAGGGAUGAAAUUAAAUGAUUUCCAGGACUUUCCCCUCAUCUCCGAUUCCUGCGGUUUGUUUCUUAGUGCUAACACCAAGUGAAGCAGUCUGCCCCCAUCUCACAAAGCCAGACCCAAUAAAUAAAAUAGUUGGGCUGUGGCAUUAAGUCUCUUACUAUGUCCCAGGUGUAGCUACACUGUAAAGUCUGUUUUUUUCCCUCUAGCCAGAUUUUCCAGUCCAUAAAUUCUGUUUUUAGGUCAUUCGCUAUACAUGAAAGUAUUGAUAAGGGGUAUAAAGAGACCCAUUUUCUAAGAAAUAGAAAAAGGCAAGUUCCUAUUAAAAUUAGUUAUUGAGUAGUGACAUCCUUUUAUAGAUUACACUGCAUCACAAGUUCUUACGAGGGCCACAAAGACCAGAGUGCUGGCCAGUGGCACUUUUAGCACUGAAAAAUCUUGACUUGUGUUGCUACAUUCUGGGUUCUAGAUCAGUUCUCAAUCCUUUUCUUUCUGAGGCCCUGCAAUAUACUAUAAAAACUCCCUGACCCAGCUGUGCCACAACUGUUUUUUUGCAUAUAAAAGCCAGGGCUGGUGUUCAGGGGUAGCAAGCAGGGCAAUCACCUGAGGCCCCACACCACAGCGGGCACCAUGAAGCUAAGUUGCUCAGGCUUUGACUUCAGCCCCAGGUGGUGGGGCUCGGGGCCCUGGGCUGCAGUCCCACAUGGUGGGGCUUCAGCUUUCUGCCCUGGGCCCCAGUGAGUCUAAUGCUGGCCUGCUUGGAGGACCCCCUGAAACCUGUUCACAGCCCCAUGGGGGGCCCCAGGCCCCUGGUUGAGAACCACUGGUCUAGAUCACACAUAUGCUUCACUUUCUGUAACUCAGUGUGUCAACUUUACACUCUUACAUCAAAAAUACAUGGGCACGUAAGAGCCAGAGAGUUUCAGAUAUGCUCCCUUGCAGCCCCACAUCACAUGGCCAUACAAAGUCAGAGCUGGGAAAUUUAGUUAGGCUUGGAAGGAUUUGAUUUUUUAGCAGUAAAUCUUGGUAAACUUCAAUUUCACUAUACACAAAGAUGAAAAAAUAUUUCUAUGGAUAAUCAAAAUUUGCAUAUAGGCAAAAAGCUGCUUGAGAACUAGUUUGGUUUAAGGUAUUUACAUUUUUGACAUGUGAUGCUGACGGGGUGUGUGUGUGUGUGUGUGUGUGUGUGUGUGUGUGUGUUAACAGUUUAAAGCCUUAACUUUUUGAAUGUGAACAUUACUUAAAUAAUUAUUGUCUGACCUCCCCCACUAUCUGCCACCCCCCUAUUUGCCUGCCACUGAAAAUUUAAAAUUAAUAAAAAUAAGAACUUAAAAAACA